UCUUCGCGCCGCCCACGUGACUCCCGGUUAGGCGGGCGCGGGCCUCGCCCCGCCCCGGUUCCUGCGCGCGCUUCCGGCGGCGGGGGGACACGCGGCGGCGGGCGGGGCGCGGUGCCUGUCGCGGGGGUGCCGAGCAUGCUGUCCCUCCUGGUCAGGGCCGCCGCCACGGCCGCCCCGCUGCGCUCGCUGUGCCGCUCGUCCCUGUGCUCGCUGGCCCCGUGGGGACGGGUGGCGGGGCUGCCCGCAGCGUGUGCCAGCUGGGCCCCGCCGCCGUGGCGGGCGCCCCGCGGGCUGCUGGCCGUGCCGCCGCCGCCCGGGCCGCCGCUGCCGGCCGGGCUGAAGACGAAGACGGCGCUGAGGAGGCGCUGCAAGGACUGCUACAUCGUCCGGCGGCGCGGGCGGCUCUACGUGUGCUGCAAGAGCAACCCCCGGCACAAGCAGCGCAAGGGGUAGCGCCGGCCGGGACCCCGCAGGGCACAGAGCUGGCGCCGUGUUCGGCGGCCGGGCACGGAGCCCCCCGGUCACCGGGAGCUGGCAGCUGGGGACCCGAGUCGCGAAAUCGUGUGCGUGACAAUGUUUCAUCUUUGGAGCACCUAGAGCGAGGUGCGAUCUUGACGGCCCUUGCCGGAAUUUCAGGCCUUGGAUGCGGACGGAGAACUGAAGUGGGAAACAGCAGGCUUCAGGAUCUCCUGUCGUCUUAAACGUGAAGCCUUAAAAUCACCGCGCUGUUAAAUUAGGAAGGGUGAAGCUGAAUCACUGGACUCUGAGGUGUAUUUGGGUUUAAUUAAGCAAAAUGAAAAUAAACUCCCAAAAUGAAAAUAAACUCC